AUGCCUAGGAAGAGUUACGACAAAUAUGGAAAUUCCAUAUUAGACUUUACCAGUCAUUUAUAUCCUAAUUAUUUACCAGCUGACAAAGGCGGCAGAUACUUCCACAACAUGAGCUUCAACCUGCAAUACAAAAAUCACAAAAUGAUGAAAAACUUGAGAGAAGAUCAGAAAGAAAAGAAGCCAAGGCACUUAUCUUCAAGGCAAAACGACGAAACUAUUCAAAGAUCAUUUAGACUCCCUUCAAAGCUAAAAGCAGGUUCUGAAUAUUUCAAUGAUCUGAGAUUAUCAACAGGAGGAAAUGAAGGGCAUAGCUCCAUUAUUCUUGGAGAAGGAGUCAUUGGAUUUGAUCAGCCCAGUGCAGUUGUAACAUCUCAUCUUGAGCUCAAAUAAUUAUACUAAGCCAAACCUAAAAAUGUACCAAAAGAAAAUAAAACAGGGAAAAGCCAAGAUUUCAACAAAGAUGUUCUCUCAGAGGACUCAUUCCCAACCAAAGACUUCAACUGGUCUCAGAAUGAUUAAGAAAAUUCCAAACAAAUGGCUGCCAGAGAAUUACAGGCUUUACAAGUCAAGAAGAAAUACUACUACUACAAAGAACUCUAAUAAAAGCAAGGCUAUUAUUAGCAACAGAAUAAGAAUUCAGUCUUCAGAAGAGGAAGCCAAUGUUAUCAGACCGAUGAUUAAACUUUUCACCAAGAACUUAAAUUCAAAUCGUGAAGUUGUUAGAGAAAGGAUAAAGCAGAGAUAUCAUAAGGAAAGAAAGACACAGUCCUCUCAGCUAAGCUACUACCAAGUUGGAUUUAAUCAAAGGACUACAACGGUUCAUUCUAAAUAGCAAAGAAAGGCCAAACCAUCCUAAUAUGAUGCUUAAAAUAUUUCCAAAUGAAGGAAAAACAGAGAAGAUAGUGAAUCUUAAUGACAUAUCUCCUCUUCAAGGAAGGUCAUUAAAUAACUCUAUCUUUGAAUUUCCAGAAGAAGUUGAUAAAAAGCCAUCAAUUCCUUUGAAACAAGAGAUUUCAUUGAACAAAUCAAUAAUGCUGAAGAUUUUAUCAAACAGGAAGAAAAGCAAUCUUGAUAACCUGAAAAGUUCUCUCUCAAGUAGAAGAGCUGAGUUUAGUGUUCAAACAAAACAUAAGCCAAGGAUGGUGUCUAUAGAUCAACCCAAAAUUAAUGAGCCUAACAGAAAAUCAAUUCCUUUCAGUACUUUAAAGAUUAAUGGUGAGAACAAGAGUAAAUGAAACUCGACACUCCAAUCUCCUUCACAAGACUCUAAUUAUCCUCUAAAACCUCAAUUUAAGCAAGAAAAUUCCAUUCUGGGUGGAUCCAGAACAGGAAGGAACAAAGUCUCUUCUUUAGAGGUAGAGAAUAGCAUUAGAAAGCAAAAGAGAAACUUUUAUAUUGGAAGGAACAGCAAUCAUACCAAAAUUGACAAAGAAUUCUGCAAAAGACUAGCCGACAGUAAAUACUAAAACUCUAGUAGAACCAAAUAAAUAGGAUGUGA